AUGUCGACAAACAAUAAAUCAUAUCCAAUCUCCUCCGGUUCACGUACAAAGUUGAAUGCAUUCCGCUUUCAAGACGAGGAGACUGUUUCCGACCAAACGACCUCGAAGGACGAGACGAAGCCUGUACAUGGGAAUAAAGAGAAUCAGAGUUCAUGGCUGAAUGGCGUCGUGGAGCCGACUCAUAUGUCUCCUGAAAAAAACAACACAUCCGCAGAAGCUCUUGCGACUGAACCUCGACCGGCCAAAGAAUGUCCGCAGACACCAGGCAAUCGGAUCCCACUUGCAGACCUAAUAAGCAAUGCUGAAGACUCCUUCAACCCAGCGCCAGGCCCGGAAGUGACUCCUGUGGACCACGUUGUCUGGCAGCAUAUACCUGCUAGCUCAAACCCUGAUACUUCGUCCCAAACACCGGGCGGCCGUCGAAAGAAGCGACGACACAGUUCAUCUCCUGCCGGUUCCCCUUCCCACGCGAACUCGAAAAAAUCAAAAGAACCCCUCGAUCUUCAAUCCAUACAAGCUUUAUUCAAGACCCCCCAACACGAUCUUGCGGCGGAGCUGUGGAAUAACUAUAUGGACAAGAAUAUGGCUGGUGGAGUCGAGGACCUUCCUCCGAACCGUCUUGCGAACCUUCUCUCCUCGUCUCCUCAAACCCCCAUUUCGGGGAGAACGAGUCGGGAUUCGUCGGGCUUGAGGCGAUCCAUCAGUUGUGCUGCCGAAUGGCCAACAUCCCGAGCGAAGAGACGGCGGUUCAAUCGACAAGAGCAGGGCUCUGGUCGAGGCAUAUUCUCCCGCACUAGUAGCAAUGUUUUGGACUCGGUAUCCAUCCGCCCCAGCCAGCCGACAUGGGGCCCCCCUGGCUCCUCUCCACUACGGCAACGCGUUGAUGCGCAGCGAUGCCGCUCUUCGUCUCCUAUAAUCGAUCGUAAAGGUCUGGGCAAUGGUGGUGCCGAACAAAUGCCUCCUGUUCCAGAGAAUGAUCGAAACCCCGCCAAUAGUACUGAUUUCGAGGGCGACUCGUCAGACUUUGGAGAUGACGACCUCGAUCAAGAUCUUAUGGACUUGGCAGAUGCCUCGGCGGACCCUUUCGUCGAUUCGGCCGCGGAUCGGAAUGAGUUUGACUCAUUCGGUUCCUCAGCCUGGUCUAGCUUUGCUGCAGACAAAUUACAACCGAAGCCUCCCGCGCAACCACCUAUAAUGAACAGUAAACCGCCAACUGUUAAUAAUCUUAUGAAUAAUGAAACCAAACCUGAUGAUUCCGACGACUUUGAUGACGACUAUGGAGAUUUCGAUGACAACUUCGAAGAGAUUCUUGCAGAAUGUGAUGGGAAGCAGGAACAUAUCGAUUCGUCUAAACCCGCUACCUCCAAAGAGAAUAUUGUUGAGAAGGCGAAUUCUUCAACUGCAGCCACGGCUGAUAGCAAACGGGGCAAAUCACCGAAUAUGCCAGCUCAAGACUUUGAAGCAGCAUCGUCCGAGGACGAAUUCGAUGAUGACAUCGACUUGGAUGCGAUAGAACAGACCAUGAAAGAAGCAGGACAGGACGGAGACCAUAAAAUGAAGGGUCGCCAAGCUAUCAAACGUUACCAGGUCGUGGAGAUUGUGCAGAGCACGUAUGUGACUCCGAAAGGGCGUACACAACCCGAGCAGGUGCUCUCUGUUGAAGACGAGAAGACAAAGGCUCGGAAGGUCAUCAUCCUGAGAGAGUCAUGGCAUGACACUCCUUGCAGCAAGGACUCAUAUCUUCAUUUGAUCGGAGACUACGACUCCUCCGGCUGCUGUGUUGUGGAUAACACCAACCAUAUGGUUAUCCUUCACCCCGAUCAUCUUAUAUCCGCCACAGUGGUGGCGGAUUCGAUUGAUUGUCAACGUCGUGCUGUUCUCCAAGAUCGCAUCAAAGCUUUCGCCCAGCUGGAGAAACCGCAAGCAUUCGGUGUCUUCUUCCACGAGGUCUUCCAGGAAGCACUGAAGGCUAAUCAAUGGGACAUGGUCUCUUUGAGGUCUUUGGUUGAACGUGUCCUCCUGGGACAUAUCGAAGAGCUUUAUGCAAUCAACAUGAGUGUCCAGGAAGCAGUUGAAGAAAUCAUGGGGAAGAUUCCAACAGUUUUAGCUUGGGCAAAAACCUUCCUACAUGCGAGUCCGCAGGCCGAUUCCACUGUGGAGGAUCGCAACAGUGCAAAACUCAACUUGAGCAUUAACAAAUUGCUUGAGGUUGAAGAACAUGUAUGGUCGCCCAUGUAUGGACUCAAGGGAAACAUCGAUGCCACAGUCCAAGUCGCGUGCCGUGAUAAGGAGGGGACUAAGAAUCUGGUGGUUCCAUUGGAGUUGAAAACCGGCAAACGGGAUACAAAUCAAGGCCACAGAGCUCAAACAGCUCUGUACACCCUUCUUCUAUCCGAUCGAUAUGAUAUUGAUGUCACUUUCGGUCUCUUGUACUACCUUGAAACUGCCAGAACGCUCAGUAUUCGGGGUGUUCGGCACGAACUUGUUCAGAUGCUGCAAGUUCGCAACCAACUGGCGGGGUUCAUCCGUGAGAGAAUGCAACUCCCUCCAAUGCUCAAGAAGGCGCGCAUGUGCAAUAGGUGUUAUGCGAAAACCCCUUGCCUUAUCUACCAUAAGCUCGCAGAGGGUGGUGACGGCGAAACAAGUGCCCUUGGUGACGAUUUUGAGGCUGCGACACAGCAUCUAGGUCAAGCAGAUCGUGACUUCUUCCGCAAAUGGGAUGAACUCCUCACCAAAGAAGAAGGGAAUUUGGUCAAAUUCCGACGAGAAUUGUGGACUCUGCUCAGCAAUGAACGAGAGCCCCUCGGCCGUUGCUUCGGCGAUGUGGUCAUCGAUCCGCAGUCUGCAUCCGAGGAAAAGAACGGUUCAAAAAUCAAUCGUUAUCGUUACACUUUUCACAAACGACAGAAAACCCCCAACUUCUCCUUCGCUGAAUCACAGAUCUCCGUUGGUGAACCAGUUGUUGUCUCGGAUGAGAAGGGGCAUUUUGCCCUCGCGAAUGGGUACGUUGUCCACGUCAGUGCAUCCCAUAUCACUGCUGCUGUCGAUCGGAAACUACACGAUGCUAGGUCAAAAACAGCUGGGUUCGAUACCAAGACAAAUCAGUCUUUCAAAGGCAUUAUGGAAAUUGAGGGUGCUGGACAGUCAGCCUUGGAGAACCCCAAUGAACAAGUCGUCUAUCGGAUCGACAAGGAUGAGUUCAGCAAUGGCAUGGCUCUUGUUCGCAACAAUCUUGUCUGCAUGAUGGACAAGGAUUUGUACCAAGCAAGGCAUCUCAGACGACUGAUUGUUGAGGGUCAAGCCCCCCAGUUCAAGUCGUCGCCCACCGCAUAUGCCAUUUCCGGUGCUGACAGUCUCAAUGUCGACCAAACGCAAGCAAUUGACAAGGUCAUGAGCGCCAAAGACUACGCGUUGGUUCUUGGUAUGCCUGGAACUGGAAAGACAACCACCAUCGCUCACAUCAUUCGGGCUCUCGUUGCGCAGGGGAAAAGCGUUCUCCUCACUUCCUAUACCCACACCGCGGUCGAUAAUAUUCUGCUCAAAAUACGCGAUGAUAACAUUCGUAUUCUUCGGAUUGGUGCCGCCACCAAAAUCCAUCCGGAUGUACAAGAAUUUGCCGAUUUGGCGGCAACCCCAAAGAAGACCAUCGAGGAACUGAAAGAUUCAUACGAAAAGCCCCAGGUUGUGGCAACGACUUGCCUUGGUGUGAACCAUCCCAUUUUCAACCAGCGUAUCUUUGACUAUUGCAUUGUCGACGAGGCAUCGCAAAUAACGCUACCGGUCUGCUUGGGUCCGAUUCGCAUGGCCAGGACUUUCAUCCUUGUCGGUGAUCACUACCAGCUUCCUCCCUUGGUGCAGAACAAGGCAGCUCAAGAAGGAGGACUGGACGUCAGUCUCUUCAAACUACUUUCUGAUUCCCAGCCAGACUCUGUUGUCAAUCUGGAACAUCAAUAUCGCAUGUGCGAGGAUAUAAUGCUACUAUCAAAUACGCUCAUCUAUUCUGGUCGUCUAAAGUGUGGCACCGCGCAGGUCGCUACUCGCUCACUCGAGAUACCGAACAUCCAUGCCCUUGAGAAUUUCCACUCAGCUGGCUUCGGCUCUUCAAACGGGCAAGGAAUGUGUAUGGGUGCAGACCAUGGGCGCUGCUGGCUCCGGGAUUUAGUGGAUCCUUCUGCCAAAACCCUUUUGGUGAACACUGAUCCUCUUGGUACCGCAGCUCUCGAAGCUGCACAGGGACAACGGGUUGUAAAUCACGCUGAGGCCGUUAUAUGCUCUCAACUUGUAGAGUCAUUCAUCGCCAGCGGGAUAUCAGCUCAAAACAUCGGUGUCAUCACAUUCUACCGCAGCCAACUCGCCGUUCUCCGACAGACUCUUCGGCGAUAUUCGCCAGAUCUUGAAAUGCACACCGCAGAUAAAUUCCAAGGCCGUGAUAAAGAGGUCGUCAUUCUCAGUUGCGUCCGAAACAAUCCCGAGAAUCAUGUCGGUGACCUUCUUCGCGAUUGGCGACGUGUCAAUGUUGCGUUCACACGUGCCCGCACGAAGCUUCUUGUUGUGGGUAGCAGAUCAACUCUCCGUGAUGGUAACGAGCUCCUUUGCAAAUAUGCAGGGGCUGGGUCUACAAUUUGCCCCCCAGAUGCUGCGGAAAAUCACACCUUCCAACCAACCGCCUUAACCUCCACGCAAUACCAUUCCCCCGAGGUCGGCAAGAAGCAUGGUUCUGGAAGGAAGAAUCCCCCGAACGCCAAUAUAAUGUCGCCGUCACGCGAGCCACUUAGCCCGUUGGGGUCUCGGCAGCCUACAGGUGUUCGCAAACCCGCAAAGAAGGGCACAAAGGUCUUCAAUGGAAACACUGUUGUUGGCAACAGACCUAUCCUCCAGGACUUGGUUAAUGAUGUUUUUGGCUAG